ACACACACAGACACACACACACAGAAAGUGAGAAGGGAAGAGAGGAGGAGAAGUUAGAAGAGGGGGAAGGGGAAUAACCAACCAAUAACCAGAACCAGACUUGUGCAUGGAAUACUGUACCUCAUAAAUUCUUCAAGGGAGUCUUAAUCUUAAUUUAACUAAAUUAGAACAUAGGCAAAGCAAAAACAGAGAAGAAGAGGAAAACAUGGACUCUGUGCAGUCAGUGGAACUUGAGGUCCCUCAGAAGAAAGGAGUUAAUAUAACUAAACCCAGAGUUUGGCUAAAGAACGAAGUUGUUCGUGUGGGACUUGCUGAAUCUCUUUGCACAUAUGUCAUGAUGGUGUUUGGCCUGGGGUCUGUGGCCCAGGUAGUGACAGGACAGGGAGCGUUUGGACAGUACCUCAGUAUCAACCUGGGUUUUGGACUGGGUGUUGCUAUGGGGGUACAUGUUGGAGGGACAGUCUCAGGGGCUCACAUGAAUGCAGCAGUGUCAUUCACAAUGUGCACAUUCGGCCGCCUUGCCUGGAAGAUGUUGCCUGUGUAUGUUUGUUCACAGCUGUUGGGAUCAUUUUUGGCAGCAGGGACAAUUUAUGGAGUCUAUUAUGAAGCCAUACAUGAUUAUUGUGGAGGAAACCUGACAGUAACUGGUGUAAAGGCUACAGCCGGUAUCUUUGCCACCUACCCUGCACCAUACCUCUCCUUAUUGGCUGGAUUCAUUGAUCAGGUGAUUGGUACUGCGAUGCUUCUGCUGUGCCUAAUGGCUCUGUCUGACCAGAAGAACAAACCGGCUGCAAUGGGCAGCGAGCCCAUCGCUGUGGGUCUCUUGGUGCUGCUUAUUGGCAUUUCUCUGGGGAGCAACAGCAGCUAUGCCAUCAACCCCACCAGAGAUAUCGCACCCAGGGUCUUCACUGCCAUCGCAGGCUGGGGAGCUGAUGUGUUCAGGUCUGGAAAUGGUUGGUGGUGGGUGCCACUAGUUGCUCCCCCCAUUGGAGGAGUACUGGGUGGAGGGCUAUAUAAGGCCUUAGUGGAAAUGCACCACCAAACCCUGCCUGAACAGGGUCAGGGCAAGAACGAGAAAUUAGAAGAUGAGAGUAUCCCUCUGGAGAAACUGAAAAACAUCUGUGCAGAUGUAUGUGUGUGAGACCUCAGCUACAGUAUGUAAAGUGUGAAUAGCUUGCAAAACUAGGCAGAUAUAUUUAUGCAACUGAAACAUUUCACAGUGAUGCAGGAUUGAAAAGUAGACCAAAGAAUUUCUUAAAUGUGGAGAAAGCCUUUCAAUAAGGCUUUGUUUUUAAUCAAGAAACUGCAAUAUGAUUUAUCCAUCCAUCCAUUUUCCUCCGCUUAUCCGGGACCGGG